UAGAGGCAAAGCAAAUAUGUCACAACAAAGAAGUAGGUUUUGUGUUCAGUUUUCCGGCACCCAACCACACUGCUCGAAAAAGACAAGGUUAUUGUAUAACGAUAGCACCGUAGAAGAUAUUCGAAACAUAUGGAAAGUUAUAUAUGGAACACAAUCUCCCGAACAAAUUGAAAUGAUUGCAGGACAUAGCAUGUCGUAUAUGUUGAAUGAUGCGGAAGAUUUUGAAGUCUUCAUAGCGAUGGCGGAGGAUCAAUAUCGACUUCUCCCUGCAAAGCCUCUAUUUGUGAUUCUCGCAAUCCCAGGAGAGUACAGACCGUCUCCUCCGUCCUCCACCCCAUCACCCGAUCGUCAACUUGUUCCUGGCACUUUUCGUUAUGGUGGAAAAGUGACAAUCAAGGAUCGUUAUAGCCCAUUGACCAUCCCAAAAGUGGAAAGCUACGAGUCGAGUCCGCGGUCACUAAAUUAUAAUCAAAACAGUCCUUCUCCUACUAACGAUUAUAAGAAUGAUGCAAUCGAAAACCGAAUGGGACAUACUCCACAGGAUCUCAGUGUUAAUGGAAUCGAACAAAGACAACUUCCAAUUGACUUCAGUGGAAACAGAAUGAACGAACCACGUGUGCCGCUGGAGAGUCCGCUUUCUCUGCUUGAGCGGGGAGUAGAAAACAGUUUGAGGAAAACUGUUCAACCACCAACAACUUCUUCUGCACCUGAAGUGUCUUCAGCACUUACGUUUGUCAAUAACCUCCAACAACAGAGAAUCUUACAGAACAGCCCAAGUGCAUCGUUUAUUCUGCAAACAUUUUUACGAAACAACUUGGAACGUGCGGCUGCUAUGCAAUUUACUAACGGCAACAAACACAAUGAGACGAAAAACAACAGCAUCUUGGCUUCAACACUUAAUGAUUACAGAUUAUAUAAUGGAAACGGUCAGGCGACUAACGAUACCGAAAAAAAACGAAAACGUCGAAGUUUUCCAAAAUCCAACCACACAGCGGGAUCAAACGGAGUCUCGCGUGUACUUGACACGAGUAAGAGAAUGAGAAGCUCACCAACCCAAAGCAACAUAGAAUAUCACUACGAACGAGCAGUCGACUACCAUACCAUGACGGAAGAGGAACAGAAGUCACACAACUCUGCACACAGAUCACACUGGAAACAUUUGCUUUUUGUUUCACAGAAAAGUCGAAGUUUCUUAACUACUUUCCGCAAUGCAAAAUAUGACGAAUGGUCAUCGGAGGCCCGAGACAUUUACGCAAUAUCGAAGCCGGACAAAUACAAGUGGUCCUUCCUUACUCUCUCGAAACAGGGCGACGUAUUGUGCAAGCGAAUCAUUAAACGGGUCACGGCACUGAAGGAAAUCUCAGCAGAGGAGAAACCCGACUGGUGCCCAACGGAUGAAACGUUAGACAUAGCGAAAAACAGAGCGGAGGAACGCCUCGCACAGUUGGAACGAAUUUUAUACUCCAGAAAUGCAUCCGCUGCGUUGGCCGCACAUAACCAAGAAAAAGCAAACGAACUACUACUCCAGCAGCAACAACAACACUGCAUCGAAAAUAUUAAGCCCCAAGAUUUCAUUGGAAAAAACGUAUUCAAAAGUUUACCAACGCCCUUUGUGUUACCUACUACUAUUAAGGCUCUGCCAGAGGUUAUUUCGUCUUCACCUUUUACCCUACCUCCCUUCUCCGAAAAAGAUACCGGCACUGUACCAGAAGAGGCGUGCUAACUUCACGGCGCUUUUUACAAUUUUGUGUUUCACAACUAACGGGCGACCAGGUUUAAGGCCGCCGUUGUCCAAGGAAGAUCUGAUAAAAGUUCUGGUGUGUUGAAUUGGUCAACUGAAUUGCAAUAUAUAUAGUUUUUGUGUAAACUAUGCAAUUCCGUUCAUCCAAAUCACUGAGAUUAGUUGGAGAACACGAGAGAUUUUUGUGCCAACUGUUGCAACUGUGAAAUAUGUAACUGUCCAUAUUUGACUUUUAGACCUAUUUUGUACGAUUCAUCGCACAACCUGGUAAAAAAUAAACGUAUGAGGUGAAAUUUAAAGCAUCGAUCAUAUGAACUAUAUGGUUAUAAACUAAGUUUUCCGUGAAUGAUUUGUUUUUUGCAUACUGUGUUUUUUUAUAUUUUACUAACCUACUUUACUGAGACUGGAAUAAUCGUUUAUUUUGUCUCGGAUUUAAAAAUCUUUAAAUUAAAUGUAAUGACUUGUA